AUGCCCCAUCCUAUCAUCGGAGUAGGCCAUAGCAUGGGAGGGAUGCACUUAGCCAGUUUAGCAUUAUUGCACCCAUCUCUCCUUCAGGCUCUUGUUUUGAUUGAUCCCGUCAUCCAGACCGAGAACCCGAGCAAGGACUAUGCUCCUGCUUCGAGCUACAGACGCGAUAUAUGGCCCACAAAAGAAGACGCCAUAAAACGGUUUCAAAACAACAAGGUAUAUCAGAAAUGGGAUCCUCGUGUGUUUGAAAAAUAUGUGGAAUAUGGACUUCGCGAGGUGCCGACCGAGAUAUAUCCGGAGCCUAGUGAACUCGGUCCACAACCGGUGACAUUGACCACUCCUAAAGCCCAAGAAGUAUUUACUUUCCUGCGACCUAACUACGAGGGCGGGAGAGUAGACCUUGAGAAAGGUGAAUGGCAAAACGAGAUGCACCCGGAUGAUUUGGAGGAGGACUACCCGUUUUACCGACCAGAACCGGCGCAGCUUUUCCGUCGUUUGGGUGAGAUGAAACCGAGCGUUCUGUAUGUCUUCGGGGAAACUUCUGAAUUAUCUUCACCCGCCGCUCGUCAAGCCAAGCUGGACGUCACAGGUACUGGUGUUGGUGGAAAUGGCGGUGUUCGUCGGCAACGAGUGAAGGAGGUGACGCUGCCAACAGGACAUCUCGUUCCAAUGGAACGAGUGAUGGAUUGCGCCAAUGCCAUUGCUACAUUUAGCGAUGCUGAGCUGUCUAGAUGGGACGCCGAGCGCCAGAAGUACCUUCGUAGAUGGAAUGCUAUACCGCGUCGCGACAAGAUCACGGUCGACGAUAAAUGGAAACAACAUAUUGGGACAUUAUCGAGGAAGCCCAAACUAUGA